GGGCUUCUUCAGCUGACACUCAGCCCGGCACUCAACUCCGUGUGUGUGCGUGUGGGUCUGCCUCUGCCUCGUCUCCGUGUGCUGCGCGUGUACACGUUGAUCGUCGCGGACGCCAAGACACAGCGGAGUUGACAUCGCUCGCUCGCUCGCUCCCUCCGCUGCGCAUCGCCUGUAGCUCCGUAUCGCCCGUGGCUCCGUGGCUCUCCCAGUGAAUAGACCGUCGGCAGCUCCUGCCCGGACGUGCUGCGACGUCUCGGCGCAAGGCGACGAUUCCCUCCUCGUUGCUCCAACUUAUUCUCAAGAUCGUCCUCCAGUCACCAUGACCGCUGCGCCCGCCGUGACCGCCGCGCUGCUGCUGCAGCUGCUAUCCCACGCGUCGUCCACCAACGCAGCAGACCAUCAGAUCGACGACGACCACGACGACCAUCACCACCCAGUGCGCUACUCCCGCAUCAGCGCCUUCGCGAGAAGCCACCACCACCAUCACCACCACCACCACGCAGUGGGCGCUGGAGCGAGCUCCCCAAAGCCGCGUGACUCCAAGUUCGAGCCCGGAGCGAGCGCGCAGCCCUUCGCGUUGAAGACCCUCAACGACUCGUUCGUGUUCCCCGACGGCCUGCCCGACAACUCGUGCGUGCUGGUGCACGCGUUCACCAACGGGUCGGGCUUCCUCGAGUGCCUGUGGGCGAGCGCGGAGUCGGCGAGGACCCUGGUAGAGGCGCUGCCCCGCAACGCCGAGCUGAUCGUGCUGUCACUGGACGAGAGCGCAGCGGCUGACGUGGCUUGGCUCCGGGAGCGAGUCGACGCUGCCGUAGCGCACAGCGGGAGGUGGGACCUGCAGAAACGCAUCCACUACGUCCCCGUGCAGGUGUCCAGCCUGGGGAACUGGAUUCCCUCUCUGCUCUACGAGUGGCAGUGCGACGACCACAACUGCGGCCUCGCGCAGGUCGCCUUCCACUGCACAGGGUGGAAGCUGCCGCUGGUGGUGAAGCGUUUGGACGCGCGCUACGACUGGCUCACCGGCUCGUGGACGGACCAGCCCCUGAGCCUUGUGGACGGCGGGGACGGGUGCGGCCGCCGUCGUCGGAGCGGGCGGGGGGACGACGACGGGCUGGCGGGCGCCGUGGCGUGGGUGUCCGCGGCCGGCAAGUGCUCCUACUUCACGAAGGUGCAUAACAUGAUGGCGUCAGGGGCAGCCGGCGUGCUGGUCUACGCCAAGCCCGGGGCCAGCCUGCAGGACAUGAACUGCGUCGGGCGGGAGUGCGACACGAACAUCAACAUUCCUGCCACCAUGGUGCACGACAACCCCGACGUCACGGCCCAGAUGAGAGCCGGGGUCAUGGUGAACGUCACCUUCCAGCACACUCCGUCGCCCGCCUUCUUUUUUGCCAUCGACCCGCAAGGCCGGCUGGCUGAGACCGGCUGGUUCCUGUACCCGAGUUUCAACUUCCUGGCGUGGCAAGCCCAGUGGUUCAACUACCUGGGUGGGCUUUACAUGCGACUGGCCGACAGAGCGAGCGUGGUCAGCGUGUUGGACAACGCGGUCAUGCAGGGCGAGGACGGGGCGUCCGCCACGGUGCUGCUGCCUCCCGACCUGCUCACGUACAACGCGCUGGAGCUGGAGCUGGCGCUGUCGUGCCCGGGCGACCGGGACGAGGCCUGCGCCCCGUGGGACCACACGGUGCACCUCAGCGUCUGCUGCUCUCCCGACGGGGAGCUGUGCUCCACGGAGCUGGGGAGGUGGAUCACUCCGUUCCGGAGGCGCGUGGGCCACUGGCUGACGGACGUGUCGCCCCUCCUGCCCUUGCUCGACGCUCGCACCUGCAACCUGACGCUGAGGACGGUGCCCUGGGCCAAGCCCUGGAGGCCGACGCUCAACCUGCGCUUCUCUCGCCGGACGCAGCUCCCCGAUGGAGCAUUGUUCCCCAUCAAGGUGAAACCUCUCUUCACUGGAGGCACCUUCAACAGCAGCUACAACAAGAAAUAUUUGCCGGUGCUGUUCAGCAUCCCUCCAGCCACCGUCAAGGUGGAGCUCUACGCCGUUAUAACGGGGCACGGCAGCGACGAGCACGGCUGCGGAGAGUUCUGCGUGACGUCCCACCACUUUGUCGUCAACAGGAAGUUCACCAACUCCAUAACGUUCAACAACGCAGGAACGCCGCUGGGCUGCGCGGAGCGCGUGACAGCCGGCGUGGUUCCCAACGAGCACGGCACCUGGCUGUACGGAAGGAACGGUUGGUGCGACGGGCAGGAGGUCGAGCCCUGGAGGGUGGACAUCACCUCGCAGGUGGAACGCGCGGCGAGCAACACCGUCACUUACUACGGCUGGUUCAACGGUAGCGACCCCAACCCGAAGCAAAAUCCCGGCGAAAUCACCAUGUCCUCGUUCCUGGUGUUCUACAGCGAGCGGCAGCGGUGAGCUCCGGCAACGUUCACGGCACCGACGCCGCCGCUGCCGCCGCUGCCGCCGCCGCCGCCGGCCGCGAACUCUCAACGCGGAGCGACUGCGGCCGCGAAGGCGUGUGAGCUGCAUCUGUCGGGAGCGGCUGUGCCACACACACGUGCACUCGCUCGCGCCUCCAGUGUCAUCGAGCGUCUCUUACUUGCGUUUUUUUCAUGAACGCGUUGAGAGCGUUUGUUCGAACGUUAGUUCUGUCCCCUCUGGCUCUCCGUGAUAAAGGGGGGCCGUGAUAUCGCUCGUAGAGACGAUCCGAGAUGGAUGAAACUGUGGUGUAAAGAUGUGUUGCUGUGAGGGAUUCGCCCCGUUGAUAACCGCACCGAAUUGAUCAAAGCAUUGCCCAAAACUUGCAGACACGAAUGAGAGUACAAAGCACUGUUGGUAAAUCUGCAAACCUCUUUUGAGCCCCGACAGCCGUCUCGACAGCGCCCAAUGCUGCCGAGUGAAAUACCCUCGAAUUCAAGCGCACGCUGGAAAGUAGUGUUACUUAAACCACGCUUUGUACGUGAUUUGACCCUCAAGUGUUCCGGAUAUGUUUGGUAUUCAGUGCCGACCGGCACUGCUCGUGCCUGCGGUGAGGUGCGGCAGUUGGUUUGAAUAUCUAACCGUUGUGAAAUGUUGGGGUUUUAUUUUGAAGAUGAUCAUCGUCUUUACCUGCGGUAUCAUCGCCGCAAGUGAAUCAAAGGGAAUCUUUCUCCUCAACAGGUUCGUUAUUACUUCAAAGUUUAUUGACUAAUCCCGCGCGUGAUACAUUUUCCGAUCGCUCUUUCUGUCGUACGUAUGAACACUUUUCAUCACUUGAUAUUGGUGCAGAGUAAUAAAAUGAAGUCGUUAAGUUGCUGCACUCUCUUGCAUUAGUUCGCAACACUUUGUGCUUAAAAGAGGAGCAGGGGUGAAACUGAACGGUAGAUCGCAUCUCUCCUCAAGUCUCCAAAACAUUGGCUGUUUUAUACUCUUUGGUUUUUUCGGUAAAGUCACUUAGGUGAAAACAAAAUAAAAUAAAAAUAAAACAACUACAUUUUUUAUUUAAUUUUUUUCUUUCUUUUUUUUCACCCACGUGACUUUACCGAAAAAACCAAAGAGUAUGGAUCCUUGCAGUCACGAAAACUUCUAACCUAGAAUCGGCUGUUUUGUUUGUAAUGAAACGUAUGCUGUGGACACCGCGAUGUUACCUGAGUGCGUGUGUGUGAUCAAUGGUGAGUGCCUCUUAGCGAUGAUAUUGAUUGCAAUAUUUGUGAUGCGGUAACAAUGAAAUCUGUCGACUGUUUAUUUUUUUAAGUUCAAAAAAACUGCACUCGCAUCGCGAUGAAAUUGCCCGAAAAUAUCGACUUUCCUCUUUGCGCAAUUGCCGUUAAUGAAGACAUCGGGGGGGUGUUGUGUGUUGUGAAAAAUAUUGACCCAAGUUGCAGAAUUUUCUUCCAACACGUGAAACCGAGGCCAGUUUUAUUAAAAUUUUCGUCUCACAACAACAAUAUCUGUGUAUGUAUUCGAUGUAAGUUUUGGAUUAAACCGAAAGAAAUUGCAAACUAAAAAAAAAAACUUUUGACAUGGCUUCUCUUUGCGGUCUUCAAAUGAAAUGCUAAAACUCGUAUCGUUUACGAAUUUAAGAGCGCGCGAUGACAAAUAAUGACGGCGAUAAUGAAGGGGGCUAGUCAAGCGACGCGGCUGCUGUUGGGUCAACGCUGACAACGUCUGCAGGAGAGCUGAUGGCUCAUUCACACACGCGGCGUCGAUUCCCUACUCGUCGGCUUCAUUAAAUGCAUCCAGCCCUCGAGUAUCACACGGCCUUUUUAAAUGUUUUAGUGCUUUCCAAUAAGCGGGACAAUUGUUUUGGCAGCGUUUUGAUUAAAUGCAAUCUAUUACCUCCGCUGUGCAAUUGGAAAUGCGCGACGCAAUUGACAUUUCCGAGGACAAAGGAACCUUUGCUAAAUAAUGGGGAUGCAAUUACUUUUUUUUAUAUAUAUCCCGUACGGUCAUGGGACAGGUCUGAAAAGUGCUUCUAAUUUCUGUGGAAGCAAUACAGCGGUAG